GAAAAUCUCGCUCUCCGGCCAGCGUGCCGCGUCCUUUCCAACUCCGAACACGUCCUUUCCGUCAACCAGCAAGCCGCGUCGUCUAUCUAAGCUCGCUCUCCGGCCAGACCCCUUCCCGUCAGCCAGCGAGCCGCGUCGUUUAUCUCGCUCUCCGGCCAGAUCCCUUGCCGUCAGCCAGCGAGCCACGUCAUCCAUCUCGCUCUCCGGCGAGAUCCGUUCUGUGUACGUUUACGUUCUCCGGCGAGCAGUUCUUCGGCUGAGUCCAGUGUUAUUUGGAAGAUCAAACGUUCAACCUAGUCAAUCCUAGCAGGAGAUAUAGAUUAGAAACAUGGCGAACAAUUUAGAACAUACAAGUGCGACGACAAGGGAGUUUACACUCGAGGUGUUGAAACAAAUUACAGAUAACUUUUCUGAGGAGCAUGUCAUUGGACGUGGUGGGUAUGGAGUAGUCUACAAGGGAUUACUGGAUGAUGGGGAAGAGAUUGCUGUCAAAAAGCUUCACUACAUGCCCGGGCUUAACGACACACAAUUUACGAAUGAGUUUAAUAACCUUAUGAGGGCCCAGCAUCAAAAUAUUGUACAGUUAGUGGGCUACUGCUAUUAUCUAGGACAUGAACGCUUCAAGUACAAUGGUGAAUAUAUUUUUGCCCCAGUAGAAGAAAGAUUUCUCUGCUUCAAAUACCUGCAGGGUGGAGGCCUUGACAAGCAUAUUUCUGAUGAAUCCUGCGGACUCAAUUGGCACACACGCUUCAGGAUUAUUAAGGGAGUUAGUGAGGGCCUAAAUUACCUUCAUAAUGGAUGCAAAGAUUCUAUUUACCAUCUUGACUUGAAGCCUGAGAAUAUAUUGCUGGACAAGAACAUGUUCCCCAAAAUUGGGGAUUUUGGCUUAUCAAGACUUUUCCGGUCAGAAAAAACCCACAUCACAAGCAAAAUUAUGGGAACAGUUGGAUACAUGCCACCAGAAUACAUCGGUAGACGAGCAAUAACAUCGAAGUUUGAUGUAUUCAGUUUGGGUGUUAUAAUCCUUCAGAUAGUAGCGGGAUAUGAUGGCUAUUCCAAAUGUGAACAUAUGUCUCCGCAAGAAUUUCUUGAGCAUGUACAUGAAAACUGGGGAAAACGGAUGCAGGGAACAAUGCCAUUACAUACAUCAGAGCAAGUUAUUACAUGCAUCAAAAUAGCAUUAAGGUGUGUGGAGUUGGACCGAGAGAAAAGCCCUACCAUAGCGGAUAUUAUUGAUGAACUGAAUAAGAAUGAUAAUGCAGAAAGUUCAGCUAUAGGCAAGAACACGGAAGAAAAGGAGCACACUCUGGAAAAACUACCUGAGAUUCAGAAAAAAGAGAGUGCGGAAGACGAUAGCAGAUACGCGAGAAAAAAUCGCAUUUCCACUCUCGUGGAGAAUCAUGCAAAGUUGGUCGAUUUCACAACUGGCCCCGUGGGCUCCUUGCUCCCCAAGUUGGCCGAGUUCCUCAGCGACGAGUACAAUUACCUGGAUGCAGACUUCCAGAAAGAUGUAGAGUACGUCUACAAUGAGCUGGUAGGCAUGCAAGCAGCCCGGCACAGGAUGGCCGAGGUGCCGCAGGACCAGCAGCUGGAUUCUGUGGUUAAGCUCUGGACCAAGGAAGUAAAUGACCUCUCAUAUCAGGUGGGUGAUGCCGUCGAUUCCUUUCUGGCGCGCUUCUGGGCCUCUGAGCUUGACACAUCUCCGAACGUGCAAAGUCAGAAAAAACAAUUUUCAAGGAAGACCUCCGUCGCGAAAAAGAAAGGGAAUGGCAGAAAGAAGCGGGAGCGAUGACGACUUAGGGCUAGGGUUGACAGAAGGCGGUAGCAAUUACUACUCUACAUGACAAUAGUAGGCUGGUCCUAACGGGGAGUAUCAUGUAUUAGUAUCAUGCAUAUGAUACCACUUUCGUAAUGCAUAGUAUUAUAAAUUAGUAUCUUAGAGCA